GUCUUCUUCUUUGACAUUGACAACUGCCUCUAUCCCAAGGACACUGGUAUCCCAGACAUGAUGCGCCAAAAGAUCGAGCAGUACUUCCAUGACGUCGGAAUUGAAAGCACCCAAGUUCACGAUAUCUCAUAUCGUUACUACAUCGAUUAUGGCCUGGCCAUCCGUGGGCUUGUGGUUCAUCAUCCUGAUGACAAGGUCGAUGGCGCGUUACCGCUGGAAGAUCUUUUACACGAGAACAUUCCUCUCCGUGAUAUGAUAAAAUCCUUGAAUAUCGAGAAAAAAUGGCUCUUCACCAACGCCGGAAAGAACCACGCACUUCGAGUGAUUAAAUGCUUGGGCUUGGAAGGAUGCUUUGAUGGCCUGACAUACUGCGACUAUUUGGAGCCCAACUUUGUUUGCAAGCCUGAGGCAGAAUCAUUCCGCAGGGCCAUGAGAGAUGCAGGCGUUGUUCACGCCUCUAAUUGCUUCCUUGUGGACGACUCGGCAGCGAACGUCGAUAAAGCCUUAGAUCUCGGAUGGACAGCAGUUCAUGUUGCAGACGAUCCAGAGGUCUCCAAUUUUGGUCAUUUUCAAGUCAGCAGUAUUCUGGAUCUGCCCAAUGUCUUGCCACACCUGUGGCAG